AUGACGUUGUCGUAUUCCGUGCUGGCCGCAUCGUUCCUGGCGACAUACGUCGUCUACCUGCUCGCCCGGUCUAUCUUCAGGGCCCUUCGACGUCGCCGCCUGGCCAAAAUCCACGGAUGCCGUCCGCCGCCGCAGCUGCCCUCGCCUUUCUUCGGCAUCCCGGCCUUCUUCGACCUGGUCCGCGCGGCGAAGAGAAAGCAGGUGGUCCAGCACAUCGAGAAGAUCGUCGCCCGCUGCGGCACCACCUUUGAGCGCACCAUCCUGGGCUACUCGCAGAUCGCCACCAUCGAUCCGGAAAAUAUCAAGGCUAUGCUGGCGACCCAGUUCAAUGACUUUGCGCUCGGCACCAGACAUGAGAUCUUCUAUCCGCUGCUGGGCGAUGGCAUUUUCACGCUGGACGGUGCGGGCUGGUCGCAUUCGCGAGCGCUGCUGCGCCCGCAGUUUACGAGGGAUCAGGUGGCAGAUAUCGGCAUGCUGAGCAGCCAUGUCGACCACUUCUUGGCUGCCCUCCCCAAAGAUCGGACCGCGUUCGAUAUCCAAGAACUCCUCUUCCGGCUGACCCUGGACUCGGCGACAGAGUUCUUGUUUGGCGAGUCGACGCAUUCGCUGUCACCAAACUUCGUCGCCGGCUCGGGCCCCUUGGCCAAUUGCGGUGGCGAGGAGGGCUUCGCGCAUGCCUUCAAUCUGGCGCAGGAGUACCUGGUUGACCGGGGACGGGCCCAGGCACUGUACUGGCUGAUCAACCCGCCGAAAUUCCGGCAGGCAGUGAAGCUGGUGCACGAGGUGGUCGACUACUACGUCGACCAGGCGAUCAAGAAAAGCCAGCAGCUGGAGAAAAAGGACUCGAGUGGCAGUGACAACAAAAGAUAUGUCUUCCUCGAAGCCGUGGCGAGAGACACGCAGGAUCGCAAGGUCCUGCGCGACCAGAUGCUCAACAUCCUCCUGGCAGGCCGGGACACGACCGCCAGCCUGCUCAGCUCGUCGUUCUUCUAUCUGGCACGGCAUCCGAGGGUCUGGACCCGACUCCGCGAGGAGAUCAUCCGGGCGUUUCCCCCGACGGAGAGUGCAGACACCAUCACGAUCGAAAGACUUCGCGAAGUCAAGUAUCUGCGGUAUUUCCUUAAUGAA